AAUGAAUUUUAGACAAAUCCUAACCACGAGCGCUGUCUGACUCCCCCCAUUCUGAGGGAAUAAUGGUUGAGUCUAAAGAUGGCGGCCUCCAUCCUACAGCGCUGUUUUACUCCCGUACAAAGCUUCCCGAGAUGUUUGUAUCAUAGGUCGAUCGCCAGAAGAUGUUUGCUGUCAGCAGCAUAUACAGACACUACAGUAUGGGAUCAGAGACAGAAAGACCCGCAGAACAUCGCACAGCUGGCCUCUCUGAUGGACAGAACAUAUGAGAGAAAGUUUCCUGUCAGCUCAUUGACCAUCGCCAGGUUUAUAGAUAAUUUAUCAUCAAGAGAGGAAGUUGAUCAAGCAGAGUAUUAUUUAUAUAAGUUCCGUCAUAGUCCAAACUGCUGGUACCUCCGGGAUUGGACCAUUCACAGCUGGUUUCGGCACUGUCUCAAAUAUGGAGUCCGAGACAAAGCUCUGUACACGCUAAAGAACAAGGUUCAGUUUGGGAUUUUUCCUGAUGAUUUUACUUUUAAUCUUCUGAUUGACUCUUAUAUAAAGGACGAAGACUUCAAAGGAGCUUGUGCAGUGGUCGAGGAGGUGAUGCUUCAGGAGUCCUUUGAGAAGAUCUCCACACAGAUUCUGUCUCUGUACGCUCUUAGCAGAUAUCUGGCCACCAAACCUGAGCUCACAUGGCAGGAGGAGAGGAACAUUGGGGCAUCUCUGCUGUUGGCCGGAUUGAAGCAGGAGAACUCGGUCGGUUUCUCCGCUCAGCUUCUUGGAUGUGCACUUAUUGGUAAAGUCGAGCUGUCCAGAGGAAUUCACUCUGUGUUUCAUCAGAUGCCUCUGAUUUGGACCUCUGGUUAUCUUGGCCGGGCCCUCGUCGUCAUGGAAACCGUGUGUUCUGACAGCAGAGAUGUGAAAUUAUCUAAGGAAGUUCUGGAUAGUGUGGAGAAGAUCCUGGAAGAUCUAUCAAGACUUCCUCAGGAGGCAUCAGAUGGGCAGAAGUCUCUUCUAGAUGAAGAAGAUGAACAAGAGCGAGAUAAACUUCCCCAAUACAUCAGCAGAUUCAAGGAGCUGAGUAAACGGCUUGAGGUCCAGGACAAGUUGGAUCCGAGAGGUCUGGAGUCUCUGAGCUCCACAUUGACCCAGCAGACAUUGAUUCGCUGUGAGGAAUCAGACAUCAGUGAGUAUCAGAAAAGAGUUCAGGACUGGGAGACAGAACGUCUUCAGCUGAUUCAGAGAGAGACCGAGAUGAGACAGAACGCUCAACGGGAACGUCUGAACAAACAGACCGCCGCUGCGGCACAGUAAAAUAAUCCAAACAUCCCAUGUGUCUCAUCUCUUUAUUGUUUCUGAUGUUUAUUGUCAUUGGAUGAGUAGAUUAAGAUAUAUGAACUUGUGUGUUAGUAUUAUUCAGACCCAUUUCAAUGCUCUGUAAAACGGAAUGAUAUAAAUAAACUGAAAAUGUGUCA